UGGACUGAUCACCAGAUUAGACAGGCCCUCUUUCCACUUAGGCGGUCACCUCAAGUCACUGAUGAAAAUGAUGAUGACUACCAGAUGUUUAUGAUGAAUGAAUGCUCCAAAUUGGAAUCAUCAAGGUCACAAGAGGAAAGAGGUGCAUCCAGUAGACCAUGUAGCUGGCAUCUGGGCCUAAUGCAAGAAGAUGGUGCAAGCAAUUCAUACUGCAAAGUUGUCAGAAGAGCAAGUAGUGUAGGAGAAAAUAAAACACAUCUGCGUCACUCAAGAAGCAGACAAAAUAACAGCAAAUACCACUGUGAUGUUUUAAAAAAAUUUUGAGCCAAAUCCUAAAUUUUCUUCUCUUGGUUCAUCCGAGGAGUUAACUAUUGAUGACAUUGAACAUGUUUAUGACAACAUCAGCUAUGAUGAUCUCAAACAGAUGGGAAGGAGAGAUGAGUCAGACUUCCUGAUUAACACAGUGAGUGAUACUUUGCAGCAAAGUAAUGACAAUAUUAACCUUCAGUCAUUAAAAGGACCUGAAAGGAACAAGUCUACUUCAGUGCCAAACAAAGAAAAAGUGAUGCUUAAAAGAGGGACAUCUCAUUCAAGCUCCCAGGAGCUCAGAAUAAUAGAAGAAAACAUCUAUGACUCUAUAUGUAUACAAAAACAAUCACUGGAACAGAAAAGGAAAAAUCAGCGGUCCAAGAGGAACAGCUUUAUGGGCUUGGAUGGAGAAUUUCAGUGUUUUGAUGCCACAGAUCAUUUUGUGUCUGAAGAUAGUUUACAGUUCAGUGAGGACGAAUCCUCAGACCAUCGUGUGCCAGAAGGAGAUGAAUAUUUUAGCCAGCUUCAAACUUCUUCAAACUUGGAUUCGGUUUCCCACAAAGCUGCAGCAGACAGGCUGUCAGAAGAAGUAGAUAAAAUCUGGAAUGAUUUGGAAAACUACAUAAAAAAGAACGAAGAAAAGAAAAAUGAACGCUUAUUGGCCUCCUUUCCAGUGAGCAAAGAGGAUGUUCGUGAAAAGAGACAAAUGCAAAAUAGGUCUCGUUACAGCAAAGAAUAUUCAUUAUCAUCACUGUGCUUACUAGACAGUUCACCUUUGCCGAGGGCAGUAGUAAGUAGGAGCCCCAGUAUCCAUAAAGAAGACCUGAGUCCUCCAGCCUCUCCUAGUAGUUCGGUAUUUAGCCUAAAAAGGACUUCUCUGACUAGUGAGAUGAGUUUUGUGGAGUCACCAUACUUUUCAUCUCAGAGCACUCUAACCCUCUCUGAUAAAAUGAGUUCUUCUCAUGGAUUAGAUAGUGCUGAAAAAUCAAAAAAUAAAGUCUUUACAAUGGCAAGAGAAUACAGCCAGAAAAUCAGAAAAGCCAAUCAACUUUUAAAAAUGAAAAGCCCAGAGCAGGAGCAACCAUCUUGCAAAUCACAAAAGCUAAAGGAGAAAGACCUUGCUGCUAUAAUGGAAGAAAAGAAACAAGGCGGUACAGCGAUCGGUGCAAGAAUUGCAGAAUAUUCUCAGCUUUAUGACCAGAUUCUAUUCCGUGAUUCCCCUGCAAGAGCAAAAAAAGAAGGUAGAGACAGCACAAAAGACUCGCCUGUGGUUAAGUCUCAGGAACGGCUAUCCCCUCAACCGCCCUCUAAAUGUUCACCAACAACCAAUAUGCAUACUGUCAAUGUCAAUGGAGAAACUAGAGACUUUUUUACCAGAGGGAAACAAACAAAUCUAGCAGCCACCUGCUCUGUCCCGUCCUUGAACAAGUCAAAUCCUUCAAGUCUACAUACACAGAGGUGGAGUGCAUUUAGCCAAAGGAAGGAUGAAAAUACAAGCCAGAAUCAUGGCUAUAAUUCAUUAGGGAGGAGAAUAUGUGAAAGUGCCCGUCCGUAUAUUCGUUCCCAGUCCUCUUCUUCCAUGUUACUCCACAGGACAAAAGAGCCUGUUAAAUAUGUAAAACAUUCUACUAUGCCACAGUCACGGCAUGACUCUAAACCUGAGAGAAUGUCUGAAAUUUAUGAUUUUGGUGGCAGCUCCACUGAGGAGAAAGUACCACAAGAGGAGAACUCAGAUUUGACAUUACAAGACUCUCAGAAGAUCCUAGUGUUGAACACGUUGUCUUCGCUAAAUGCACAAAUUGCUACUUUAAACUAUUUUGCAAACUUCAAAGACAGUGAAGGUGAUGGCGAUGAUGAUGACUAUGUGGAGAUAAAGUCAGAUGACGAGGAAGAUAGCUUGGAAGCUUCUUCCAACCAGGCAGUAAAGCUGAACAUACAUGAUGAACAUCCUCAAAGCCCAUUCUCUAGCACACCAUAUUCCUUCAGCAUGCCCAGUACACCAGUUAAGACUAUAAAUGACAAGGAAAGCCUUGAUUCCCACAUAACAGGUUACGACGAUGUAGAUAAACUAAAAGACUAUCUUUGGAGGCCUCCAUCCUCCAACCAGCAGAACAUUGUUCAGUCACUGCGAGAAAAGUUUCAGUGUCUUAGCUCCAGCAGUUUUGCUUAA